AUGACAGGACACAAAAGCAAUGCGCCAAGGCAACAACAACUUCAACAUCCCCGGAAACCUCGUCCAGAGAAGCGUCAGCCUCUAACGCAUUUUCUUUGCAUACCAUUAGUCAACCCCGACUCCCUCCCACAACUAGAAGCAUCAGUCAGAACGUUCAGAAAAGACUACCCACCAAUCCCAGUCGCAGAUCUGCCUCAGAGUCAUGAUCCGUCAUCAAAUGAUCAUGUCUCACAGCCCCUCAUUCCGGAGGGUGCCAUUCGUCCAUUGGGUACGCUCCAUUUAACACUGGGAGUUAUGAGUCUCUCUACUUCAGAAAGGCUGGAUCAGGCACUGAAUUUCUUUCGCUCGCUUGACUUGGCGAGUCUAAUGCAUGAAGCAGAGCGUAUAGCUAUUCAGAAGCGAGAAGGGCACACUAGUCGGCAUCUCUCUAGCCAAAAUCCACCCCAAUUGACAAUGCAGCCGCUUACCGCUUCCCUGGAAUCUCUACAUGCACUUCCUAGAGCAAAAGCUGCAACUAUUCUACACGCUGCGCCCGUUGAUUCUACUGACCGGCUACAUCCAUUUUGUCUAGCGCUACGUGAUAAAUUCCUAGAAGCAGGAUUUCUUAUCGCGGAAAUAGAAAAGCCAAGCAAAUCCAGUCAGACCCAGAAUAAGAAAACAGACGGAAAGCAAGCAGACUCUCAGCCCCAUUCUACUAUCAAAUCCCAAGGGGGCUCAUCCCAGCACCCUGAACGGGAAACUCCCAGUUCCUCGCAAAAGUCAAGCCAUCACGAUGUAUCCGCUACCUCUGCACCAAAGCUAAGGCCUCUACUCUUACAUACAACGAUCGCAAACACAAUAUAUGUGCGUGGACGACCGAGGCCUCCGCAGGGUCCUUCUCACGCGCCUAGAGACAAGAACGUGCAGAAGAGAAUUGUAAUUGAUGCGCGGGAAGCUUUGGCGCGAUACAGUGAUUAUCAUGUUGAUGUAGAGAAGACGGGAUCUCAUCAUCAUGCUUCUUCUUCUUCGUCUUCUUCUACGCCGCAUACAGCUGGCUCUGUGCCUGCACGGCCACGGCAGCCUUUCGUUUGGGCGAAGGAUAUUCCAAUUGACUCGGUGUGUAUCUGUGAGAUGGGGGCGAGGAAGCUUGCUACAAAUGGAUCUGACAGAAGGAAAAAUGAAUGGAAUAAACGGCUGGGUGAGAAGUAUCUUCCUGUUGCGCAGAGAAGUAUACUAGGUUCAUAG